GCCCUUUACACGCUUCAGGAAAUUCUUUUUUAUUCAAGAUUUGUUAUCGCUUAAUGCGAGUCGGUAUAUCAGUGAUUAUUCUAACCAGUUCCCAAACAAAAGAUGACGGACUGCCUUGAAAUUAAUGUUAUUCCUCAGGAUCUGAGGCAGGAGGAAACAAUUAUCCAAAUAGCCAAAGUCUUGGACAAAUUAAACUCAGCUGUCUCGCAUAUCUUUGAAUGCAUCGAUGUUAGAAUAUCAGAAAAUCGGGAGAGAUUAGCAAGUAUUAAAACUAGAGCAGUGAAACUUGAAGGAUGGUUGAACCAUUUAGAGACUAAUAUGAGUUUGAAAGCUGUGAAGAUUAUUUCGCCAGCUAAAUAUCCAGCUAGUCAUACAUAUAGGGAAUACAAACUAGCGAUACAGCGUUCAUUCAAGCAGAGGCCUAUAUCGAUUUAUAAAAGUCCGACACCCAUUGCAGAACCCUCUGAAUCCAGUAUCAAUAGACUGAAAGAUGGAGAGUACAAUAUUGCUGAGAGCCUUCAAGAAAAAUUGCAAUUUUAUUAUAUUAAAUCCAAAUCCAAGAGAGAUGAAAUGCAUAAAGUGGUCGAAGAUAUGUUACCGUCGCAUAUAAACUCACUAAGUUCGUUGUUGGCACUUCAUGAUCUGGGUAGCCCAUAUGAGACGUCUGUUAAGCCUCUUUUUCAAAAAGAUGAAAAGCAAAAACUCGAAGAUGCACCUGACUCAAUUGUGCAGCCUUGGUAUUCUUCAAGUCUGGAAUCACCUUCAACCUACCUUUAUGCACCAAUUUUAGGAGAGGUACCUCAAAUAGAUGUUCCACUGACAUUACCAGAUUUACCAGGCAUCGUUGACGACGAGCAGUUUGAAUUAGACCUCAGUUCUCAAAGUCCGAUUGCACCCUCUUCAUCGGUUACUACCCCAACGGUUAGAGUCAAUCUACCAUCUCCACCGUCGGAUGGGAAAGAUAUAUCUACAAAGGCUGAGCAUAAUGCUCUGAAUCUGCCAAUUCUCCCAGAAGAAACAGUUUCUUCAUCUGAAACUUCGUUACAGCCACCGCCUCCUCCACCUCCACCAUCCACACUUUCCUCCCCAUCCAAAGUGCAAGUUCAGCCAAUGCAAUCUGUGCAAUUGUCACCUUCUCUUCCACCGCCACCGCCACCACCGCCGCCGCCACCACCACCGCCACCACCACCGCCUCCUCCGGCUCCAAUGUUAGAACCUACAGCUUCUGAACAGUUACAGGAAGGAUCUGAUACAAAAGCUAAAGAAAAAAUAUCCACAAAACCUGCAGCUAAAGUAGUGAAUACUGGAAAUGAUCACUCUAAUUUGAUGGCAGCAAUUCGUGAUGCUGGUGGAAUUGGAAGGGCAAAAUUACGGCACACUGUUCCUGCGGAAAAGAAAGAAAGAAAUUGGUCGUCGGCUUCUGUUGGCGGUGACCUUAUGGCUGAUCUUCAUGCGAAAUUAUCUCUCAGGAGAAAAGGUAUCGCUGGUUCUAGCAUUGGAGCUCUCGAGAGAAUGGCGAGUUUAAUUCCACCCCCACCAAAGAAAAGUGAUUCGGCAGUCUCUGACAGAAACUCCACCACGAGCGAAUGUGACUCCCAGCCAGAUGAAAAUGACUGGGAAGAGUGACGUUUAUGUGAGAAUAAUUUUAAAUGCUGUUAUAAAGUGCCACCAUUCCAAGACCAGUCGUGUAUUUAUCUAUCGGUGCACUGUGAAAAUGUGUCUUGACAGUUGUACUCUGCAAAAAGCAAAUCCAAGAUUAUUCUACAUACAGAUUUUUUAUUUCGACCGUAGUCUAAUGACUGUCAGAUGUUUUGAUGUACCAUUGGAAUUUGGUGGG